AUUUUUAAGCCUGCUUUUAGCCGGUAACUCUUUAUCACUAAUAAUGCGCUUGGUGGAAAUGUUUUGCAUGCUUUCCGGUUACGACUGGUAUGAUCCCAAAAAAUCCAAAGAUUUAUCAUCAUUCAACACAUAGGUCGUCUUGUAUUACGGUACGUCAUAGAUUUGUAACUUGAACGUGGUUUACGGCUGCCAUAAUCGUUUAGCUAGUAUCUCGCCGAAACAGUAGAGUUCUUGCGUGAAAAGGUUUAUGUUCUGAAAAUUGAUAAAGACGUUUCUGAUCCACGAAGCCCUGGAGGAUGAAAAGCAAAACCUAUUUCGUCGUUUGACCACAGAAAAUCAACACAGCAGUGAUGAAGCUCCACUGGCAACAUCGUCAUGACUUCUGAGGAAGAAGUGGAGAAAAUGUCUGUGCAAGUUACCAGCAAAGAAGAAAUGGCGUCCCCCUCAACUGACAAUCGUGAAAAAGCCGAACAAAGUCAGAACCCCAAUGGCACCCUCACUGGACAUGCCGAUAAUGAACGUGAUCUACUUGAAGCAAGCCAAGCGACUACAACUUUAUCCGAAAACGGUUCGUCCCUCAACAGCGCCUUGAGACUUAAAGAACUUACAAAUCAAAUGACCAGCGUAGGAAAUCGACUCCAGGCGCAGCUAGUUUCUCUGCAUGAAACAGUUUGUAAAGAGACUGAGACUUCACAAGGAGAUAGUACAGACUUAAAUUUGUUCUCUCCUGAGCUAGUAAAUAAGUUACAAGGCAGUAGAUCUGACCUGAACGCUGAAGUGAAGGUUUUAGAGAGUUAUUUAGGAGAAGUGCACCAACUGUUGACUCUUCAAGAGAAGCAAAACAAUGGAGUCAAUGGCUUGAAUGGGGUCUCGUCUUGCCGAGAGAAAAAUCAGACAGAGAACUUAUCUUUAAAACAACUCGAGGCAAAACUUGCUGAAAUAAGUGAGAAACAAGAGGCGAUUUAUGAGGAGAGAUCGAGACAAGACAUGGACUCGUUAAAAAUUAACGGAAACAAAGAUGACAACGAGAAAUUUGGUGGACAAGGAAACGAUGGUAUUCCCAGACUGGAUAAAUUGGAAUUGGACUUUCAAAACUUUAAGAAGCAAUUGAAAAUAAUUCAAGACAAAUUAUACGAACGAGGGCUUUUAGAUGAUGAGCUCGCAGCACUCACAAAUAUUCAAUCGAUACUUGGCGUCAAAUACGAGGAUUUUUCCGCUUCAGAUGAGCUUGCCAUCUUACAGAAAGAGAGAAAGGUUCUUCUUACGACUCUAAGUAAACUGCAAAGUCGAGAAAACAGCGACAGUAAGGAACAUAUUGAUAUUAACACCUGUGACAAGGCGGUCCAAUGUAAAAUUAACAUUUUGGGUCAGCUAAGUAACCAAGGCGCGUCGUUCUCCAGUGAAUUCGAAGAGCUGAAGAAACUUUCAGGCGAACUGCAGGCGGAAGUGGACGAACUAGAGGAAGAAAACAAAACUAUGGAGGAAGAAACUUUCAAAUUGAAGGAGGAAAAAAGAGUGCUCGAAGACAGCGUGAACAAGUUGAGAGUUCAAAUUACCGAUGCGUUGGAUUCGAGUUUUGAGGAAAUGGAGCAUAUACACCAUGAAAAAGACGAGCUUCAGGUCCGGUUGCAAUUCAUAGAGGCUGACAACAAAAAACUACGCGACGCCUUUGCCGAGCUUUCGAAGAAGAAUGCAGAUCAUUUGGAAGCCGUGCUGGAUGAAAUUGAAAGGAAGGAUUCCCUUGAGGAUGCCGUGGAUUAUUUAAGUACCGAGGUCGAAAAGCUCAACGAAAUCAAUAUCCAAGCGGUGUACAGUACCAGUGAAGCAUGUCCCCCAAGGGGCAAAACGGAAAAAUGUCAUAACUACAGCCUUUUGAGUGAAAUGAAAACAUGUAAAGAAUUAAUAGAUUCACAAAGAGAACAGAUACGGCAACUUCAAGUGGACAAAAGAGACAUCGAAGACAUUUAUACCAAUCUUAAGAGAGAGGCGCUUAUUUUGCGGACGAAGCAAGGCGAAAAAACUUCUCUGAGGUUGAAAAGCAUCGAAAACCUCGCUGCUAGUAUGCAACCCACUCGGAAAACUUCAGUGGAGCGAUGUGAGUACCUUAAACAAGAAAUCCUUCGCCUGACCAAGCGAGGAACUGAAUUGGAAAAUUCCAUGAGAACAUUGAAAUCCGACAACUCCAACUUAGAGGAGGAAAAGGUUUGUCUGCUUGACUCUUUAUUACAUCAACUUGAAAAGAACGAAUCCCUUCAGGUGCAAAUCGAUCAACUCAAGAGCACAAUAAAACAAAACAAUGGCGAUAAAGAACCAGGAAAACCGUCAACUAACCUCCCACACCAUAACAAACUAAGUACAACGACACACGAUCGCGAUACGGAUGUGAAUGGAAAUCUCUCCGGAUGCGAAAAUCACGCUCUGCUGCAAACGAGUGAAGACAUCGCACACGAAAAUGGCACUGACACUAAGGACGCAAUGGACGAGUCACGAAGGAGGUCUCGUCAACUUGACGAGCAGCUACAAAGUUUGCAAGAGCAUGUGCUUGGAGUUGAAAAGGAGAAAGAGAGGAUUCAGAUAGAUUUAGAAGACACCCGUAAAAAUGAGAAUGAGCUUCGAGAAAAAGUCGCACAUUUGAAAAACGAAUGUACAGUUUUAAAGAAUCAGUUGAAAAAGAACAAAGAAGUUUCAGAUACGCUUCAAGGAUGUCUUCAAGAGGCACACGAAGAGAAAGAAGAGCUUGUCGAGUCUUUGGACGAAGUCAGCGAGGAGAAGGCCGCUUUAGAGAAGAAAAUUGAGAUAAUGGAGAAGGAAUUCAACGAGCUGAAGGAAAGCUACCAGCGUUUGAAGAAUGAAUUUGAUUCUGUUUCAGUUGGGGCACAAAAUCUUGACAAAUCCAAAGGGCAGAUGAGAUCAAUUCACGCUAAACUAUUCGAGCUCUACGAAUCCCUGACGGAUAAAGAAAAGGAUAGUGCGUCCGAAGAAGUUAGUACGGGAGCUCCAGAGUCGACAUCGCUCGACGAACAAGGUAACAGCAUACUUUCGCUGGCGGAGAAAGUCCUGAAAGAAGUCAACCUUCUCAAGAAAGAACUAAGAAGAAUGAAAAUUGAACAGGAGUACUUUAAGACGAAAUUGGACACAUCUCAAACAGAGAAAUUAUCGCUGCAGAAGUAUGUUCGUGAGCUUGACGAGAAGAGGAGGCAAGUUAAGAGUUUUAUUACAAAACUCACAGAAGAAAAAGAAGUAAUGUCGGAGCAAAUGGAGGAAAUAAAACAACAGAAGAAUAAUUUAGCUGACGCUCUGGAAAAUGUGUAUCAAAGCAAAGAGAGUCUGCAAUGCCAGCUGGAAGAUGCGUUGUGUAAGCAACAUGAAAGCAGUAAGUCGGUGACUGAGGCUUCUGCAGAGGCCCAAAGCUUGAAGAGUUCACUUAACAAAGUGGCUGGGGAGCGAGAUGCUUUGAAAGAUGCACUUAUUGAAACCAAGAAGGAGCUGCAAAUGGUGAGGACUUCCGAGGCAAAAUGGAAAGAAAAAGCCACAGGCUCUCAAGCCGAAGCUGACCAGAGCGUACAAGAAACGAGCGACGCAGGCAACAAAGUUGACGAAAGCGAAGUCAUUAAUCGCCUGCAUCUAGAAAACGACGGACUGAAAAAGCAGUUGGAAAUGUUGAAAACAACUCAACUGCCUUCGCAGGAAGAAUUUUCCGAAGGAAGCCCAAUCGUCACGAGUGAUAUUCCGGAGACAUUGGCGGAGCCUGAGUUAACAACGGCUUCAGAAUAUGAAAGCAGCUCUGAUGUUUAUGAAAUGGUUACGUCUUUCGGGAUGGGAUCUUUCGAAGAAUCGUCCAAUGAUAGUACGGAGGUGCCUAUUUCAGGCGAGGCCAAUUCCUGGCUUGAAAGUGGACCACGUGACGAGGAAGAAGAACUUGAAGUUCGCUUUAGUAAAGUGUGCGCAGAAAAUAAAUCAUUAGAAGCACAGCUUCGACGAAGCACCGAAGAGAACGAGCAACUGAAGAGUUGGUUUGAAUCAAUUUCAGCCGAGAAGGAAAUCAUGGAAAAAGAACAAGAAUCGAUGAGCAAGGAAAAUGGAGAACUGCUACGAGAUCUGGAAAGAAUGAAGCGAUCUUUCGAUGAGGUUUCAAACCAAAACAACGUUAAGGACAAACCGGAAGAAGAUUUUAAAACCGCACUAGAAGAAAUGGCUAAAGAGUGCGCGAAGCUUCGAGAAGAUUUGCAAAAACAAGAGGAUGAAAGACAGGAGUUGACACAAGCUCUUCAACUGACUAACAUGCGCAAAAAAGCUUUGGAAAACGAGGCUACUGAAUCAUGGGAAAGAGCUCAGGCUCUUGAGAAAUCAUUGAAAUCUGUCAAACAAAAGAAUGAUUCACUUUCGAAGGACAUCUCUGCUUUAAAGAAGGAGAAAGAGGAGAAAAUUAAAUCUUUAGAAAAACUAGCUCAGGACUAUAAGAGGCUGCAGCAAAAUCUCAACGGCUUAAAUGAAAAGCUUAUAAACGUUGAGAAGGAAAAAGGCGAAAAGAAUGGAGAGGUAGUUAGACUUGCAAAGGAAGUGGAAUUGUUACAAGAACAACUCCGAGAAAAAUCACACACCCUGACCGAGGUGGAGAACAAAUUAGGGAAUACCGUUACGGAAAAUGAAGAUGUUCGUGCUCAGGUUCAAAAGACCAAAAGUGAGAUUGAAGUUCAAGAGCACAAGCACGAACAACUCGUGAAAGACUACAAAGCGCUUGAGGAAAAUCAGGCGAGGGUUCAGACAGAAAUGAUUGAAGAGAAUGAAAAACUCAAACAGAGAGAAAAAGAGUUGGAGGGCGCGGUGGAAGAGCUCUAUGAUGAACUAAAUAACUUGAAGAGUUCGUUGGAGGACGCUGAAGAUAAGCUUGGCACCACCAAGGAGGGCGUAGAUCUGGUAGAAGAAGAGAAAGAUCGCUUUAAGAGCCAAGUCGGUAACUUAACGAAACAAGUAGAAAAAAUGCGAGACGACAAAGGAUCCCUAAAGCGUAAGACAGAGGAAACAGAAAACGAGAAUAGCACAGCGAGAGAACAACUUAAAGAACUGGAAAACCAAGCCUCGGAAUUACUUUCGUUUAUAGACAGAACGGUCAAAAAGAACCCUACAAAAAUGUCUCAUAAAGCUGCACAAGAGGACAUAAAUCACUUUCGUUACGUCUGUGAUUACAUAGAAGCUAUCUUAAAAGAAAAAUUUGUUUCAGAAACAAAACUCAAGGAAGAAAUGACAAAAUUAGAAAUCGCAGAAAGAACAUUGCAAGAACUGAGGAAUGAGUUGAAAACAACGUCAGAGAGACUUGAGAAGGCUGAAAAUUCAAAUCGCGAGAUCGAAGAAGACAACAAACAACUAAUCCAAGAACGAGCUGAGCUGACGCUUCAGCUAGAAGAGGCACUAGAGGGUGAUCAAACGGAAGAACAGUCUACAAAAUCAAAACGUUCCGCGCGGGAGGAGGUACGACUAUCACGCGAAAUCGAUGACGUUCGGAGUCUCAUCGACAAGCUAACUUUGCAGAAAGAAAAGCUGGGGGCAGCGUUGGCGAAUAAAGAGAAGCAAAUCGCUGCUGUUACCGCUGAGGCCACAGAGAAGACAAAGAUGCUAGAGCACAAAGAAAAAGAAGCUGAGUCGCUGAGCCUCACAAAGGCUGAAGUGGCUGUAGCAUUGGAAAUGGCGAAGGAUGGCUCAGAGAAGCUUCUGGCGGAGCUUGAACGCGAGAGGAGUAGAGUGGAAAGUUUACGGCAGGAGUUGGAGAACGAGAAGAAACAACAUCAUCACAACCAGCAGGAAAAACUUGAUCUGACAGCUAUUGUGAGCCGGCUGGAGGAAGAGAAAAAAACCUUUGCGAUUACUGAGAAUACAUGUAGAGAUCUUGAGAAGCGUUUGAAGAAAGCAGAAGAAAAUAAUCUUAAGAUUCAAGCUCUAAACAGCGAACUUAGAGCAAAUAUGGAAUCUCAAAGUGCUACUUUAGCUUCCGUGAAGAAGGAAGCUAAAGAUAAAGAGUAUGACUGGAACAACGAGCUGGCCCAAAAGGACGAGUUACUUCGCUCUUUGAAUCAGGAUAUUAAGAAGUCGAAUAUCUCCUUCUCCGAGUUGCUAAGAGUUGUAGACGAGCAGAAAACCAAAAUCGGUAACCUCGAUAAGGAAUGUAAACAAAGCGAGAGGUCACGAAAAGAAGUAGUCGAAGAAAGAAACGUCCUGCAAAAGAAACUGAAAGAGGAAGCCGACGCUAAUGAUGCAUUGACUAUUAAGCUACAAGAGACAGAGAGAGCUGUAUUUAAACACGGCGAAGAAAACGAAGAACUUCAAAAACGAAUCGCAGCUAGUGACAGCGAAAAACAGCUCUUACAGAGAAAGCUUACGGACUUGAAAGAACAAAUUGAUAAUAGAGAGAAACGGCUGGCCGAUUUAAGCAAAAGCACGCAGUCUCUGGAGGAUGAGCGAGCUCAUUCCAAGACAGAAAUAGCUGCGCUCCAAAAAGAACUUACCGAGAAGACUCUAUCUCUAGAAAAGGCUCAUAAGGAACUGAGUGAUUCGAGAGGGUCAAUUGACAAAGGAAAAAGCAAAUCUGACGAACUGAAAGUGGAAAACGUAGAACUGAAGAAGUUACUUGAGAGUGCGGAGAGCAAACUGAGGAGAGCGGAAUUGACGUCAACAAAAACCAAAGAACAAAAUGACAAACUAAAACGGAAGCUAGAGGCCAUCGAGGAAGAAAUGGCCGCCUUAAAUACAGCUUUUGCUGAAGCACAAAGAAAGGAACAAACUUUACUGAUCGAAAUGAAGACUGAAACAGAACGCAUCGAAAGUGAGUUGGAAACACUAACAAGUGAAAGUGAAAUCCUGAGGGAAAAACUGGACGACGCCGCGGAUGAGAAGAAUGAGCUUGAACAAGAACUUGAGCUUGAAAGAGGUAAUAAGAAGAAGACUGAAGAUCAGUUGAUCAAAAUGUCAAACGAACUAGACAAUUUGAAGGUUUCAGCACAAACGGUCGCUCAAGAUAAUGAGGACUUAAAACGAAUCUUGGAGAACAAAGAAAAAGAGCUUACAUGCAAAAAAUACGUUUCUUUUGAUGAAACAGAUGCAAGAAGUCUAGGAAUUAGCGAAGAAAUAAUCUCAUGCGCCCAGGAAGGCGAACUUUCAUCCGCAGUAGAAGAGAACUUUAGUUUGGAGUCUGCCCCGCACGACCAAGAUACUUUCGAGGGUAAACUGGCAAAACAACGCCAGUUAAAUGCAGAUUUAUAUGAAGAACUGGACGAACUCAACGAUGAAAAAGACGAACUUAACGAAAUAAUCGAAGAAUUGAGGUCGAAAACAAAGAAACUGCAAAGGGACAUGGAUGCUUUGAUCGAAGAAAAAGAAAAUUUGGAGGACAAACUAGACGAGAAUGCCAAACGUUACAAAGAAGAGCUUGGAUCUUUGACGGAUGGAAAUAAGGAGUUGUCCAGAAAGUUAGAGGUCUUACUUAAGGAUAAAAAUAUCCUUCGCGAAGAGAUAAAAACAAAGGAACAGAAGAACCGCAGAGCGGUAGAGGAUGGGAAAAAGUUGGAGGAUGCCCUAGAGAAGAGUACUCAAGAAGUGAAACGCCUUACUCUAGAAGUAAACCGCCUCUCCAAAGAGAUCGACACGGAAGUGCCAAAUGGUCUUAAAGAGGAGCUCGCUGAAAGCGACGAAAGAAUGAAGGAGCUUGAGUACAAACUGGAUCAGCUGAGCCUUGAACAUCAGGCACUGAUGACUGAGUUGGCAGAGAGAAAGAACGAAAACGCAACCUUGCGUUUGGCAGUGGAGGAAGCGACACUUGCCAAAGAAGGUUGUGAGAAGAAAUUUGGAGAUGCAGAGAAGGAACUACAUGACGAACUCGAUGAAGUGCAACAAGAACUGGAUAGCAAGAAGACUAUGAUUGCAACCCUUGAAGAGCAACUCUUUAAGUUCAAACAAUCCGAAUCUGAGCCGAAACAAGACCUCAAAAAGACCUCAGACGCAACAUCGGUUAAAGACAUUCAAAGGAAGCUCGGAGAAUCCAACGAGGAAUUAAAAGAAAAGAACAAGAUGAUUUCAACUUUAAAGGACGAAAUUAACGAUCUUAAAAGAUCCAAACAGCAACUAGAAAGAGAACGAAAACAGACGACAAAACAAGAAGAGCCAAAGCAAAACCUUAAAAAGACCUCAGACGAAACAUCGAUUAGAGACAUUCAAAGAAAGCUCAGAGAAUCCAACGAGGAAUUAAAAGAAAAGAACAAGAUGAUUUCCACUUUGAAGAACGAAGUUAACGAUCUUAAGAGAUCUAAACAGCAAUUAGAACGAGAACGAAAACAGACGACUGCUGAUAAAACAACGUUAACCGACCUUCAGAACAAACUCGAGCAAUUACAAAGGGAAUUACCGGAGAAAAACAAAACGAUUACAACUUUAAACAAAGAAAUUGCUGGACUCAAACGAUCCAGUCGUGAGCAAGAGAGAGAGAUGCAAGAUAAGUUUGAAGAAUUGAAAAGGGAGAUGGUCAAAAAAGAUCAACAGAUUACAUCUCUUACAGUGAAUGCCAAUCAAAAGCAAACGAAUCGAGAUCGAAAUGACGGAAAUGAAGAGAUCACGCCAGAAAAGUCGGAGAGAGGCGAUGAAGUAACUCGCCUGAAAAAUGAGCUUGCAGAAAAAGAGAAAAAAAUUGGUUUCCUUGAGGAAGCGAUAGUUGAACACAAACGAACAAUAUUUGAACAGGAAAGGGAAUUCGACGAGAAGGAGGCGAGUUUGGCAACGGCUCGCGAAGAGUUUUACAAGAGUUUGAAAGAAAAAUGCGAAGAUGAGGAACGGCUUGAAAGCCUGAGGCGGGCAAAUAAUCGACUUCAGGAAGCGCUAAAUAUCGCCAGAGAGAAGGAGAGUAAAUUAAAGAAAGAGUUACAAGGAGCCAAAGUUCGAGGAUUUACGCCAAGUGUGCAACGAGAGAUAAGUGCUCUCGAUGGCGAGUUCUCUGAAGUGCAUUUUGAAGUGGAGACGCUGCGUAAGCUUUCUUACGAUGAACGGGCAGAGAAGAAUUAUCUGAGGAAGACAAGUUUGGAAUUGAAGAGAUCCCCAAGUGAUAUGAAAGACAUAGACAGCAAAGAGUUGGACAAAGUAAAGGAGUUGAGGAAAGAAAAAGACCGUCUGUCUUCUGAAAACGAAAAAUUGAAGAAAACAGCGAGAGACCUGACGGUAGAGCUUGAAAAAAUCAACAAAGAGAUGAUCUUUAAAGAGACGGAAAACUCCAAACAACGGAAUAGUGAGUUAUCGUUCUCCAACGAAGCUGUAGAGAGAAAAAAUAAGGCGAUUGAAAGCGAACUUGACGAUACAAAAUACAGUUUGAAUCUCUUAGAAAAGCAACAUGGUGAUUUAAAAGACAAAUUCCGGAAGUUAGAGGAAAACCGGACAAACCUGGACAAUGAAAGGAUAAAACUCGUAGACGACGCACAUUCAUUUAAAAUAAAAAUGGAGAAGAAAAAUCAAGAUCUUUUGUCCAAGCUUGAAGCCAAAGAACAUGAAGCCAUAUCUCAGCAGGAAAGAGUCGAAGGUCUCAGUGCUCUUUUGCGAAAAUUCGAAAACAAUGUCCGUAGCUUGGAGAAAGACAAGGAAAGCCUCGCGUCACAAGUCCGUUUGCUUGAGUAUGAUAAAGAACAAAUCGAAGAGAUGAAUAAACAACAGAAGGCUGAGAUUGUAAAGCUUCUUGAAAGCGGAAGCCAGAAAGACUUCAACACCAAGUUAAGGACCUUGUUCUCAGAAAACGACAGACUUGAGGGGAUGAAUAAGAAAUUACAAGCGGACUUACGGGAGCUGUACAGGGAGGUCGAUAGGAAAGAUGAAGAGAGGAAGAAACUUAUUGAGGAACUACACGAAAUGGCGCUGAAGGUUAAGCAGCUCGAGAAGGAGAAGCAAAACGAAGCGUCUAUCAAAGAGCAACUUGCCGAGCAACUGAUGGAGAAAGACAAUGCUAUGAAGACGAAGACAAAGCUUCUGUCGACCCGUUUAGAUGGGCUAUUGAAAGAAACUGAAAAUCUCAAAGAUUCUUCAGGGAAAAUGGAGCAAAUGGCAUCUGAUUACAGGCGAUUGGAGGACGAAAAUGUGCAGCUUAUAGAAGGCACUGAGAAACUGCGUGAAGAAAUUGCUAGUCUGCAAAAGGAGAACGAUCUUCUACGACGAGCGUGUCAGCAGUUAAGAGGAAGAAAGUCCAUCGCAGAGGAUAAAUUCGUUCUCGACGGUUCAAAUACAGACCUUAGUAGCGACCCAUAUCCCAGAAAAGGCUCACUGAAUAAACCGUUAGUCCAUAAAUUCCAACCUAUUGAGGAAAGAGUUUCUGCAGAGCAAAAAAGUGAACUGAACACGAUGAGCGGAAGAGACAUUCAAGAACCUCGUCGAAGAUCAUAUGAUCCCGUUCCCAGCGAUAUAAAAAUAUCUAAAGGAUCGCUUGCGCCCAUGCCCCCUUGGACAGGGGAGGCAAAGGGCCGCCAGUCUCAAAGGGACCAAGAAAGGUCCAACAGUACACCAGUGGUGAAACGCUUCCCCCCAGGGGCACCAGAGGCAAGACGCGAGGCAGCCCAACAUCCCAAGGGCCCCCCGCCACCCUCAACGGAUUCAAGCCGGAGCUCGGAUACAGAGCGCAGUUUUUGCUCCAGGAGCUCAUAUUGUAGUCCUAUCUUGUCCGUGGUGGACAUGUGUCCCCUGCACCGGAACCCCUCCGUGGAACGUCCCCCGAAUCAAUGUCCCAUUUGUAAGAAGGAGAGAAGAAGGCCUGGUGCUGUGCCAAAGGAAUUUAUGACUUUGGAAAAAUACGUAUGAAAUUACUUUUAUGAGAUAUACGUUGUUUCAGAAUAUGACAUAGAUUUAAAUAAGAUAUUGUUUUGGCAUUUUUAAUACCAUAACUCAACUUAUUCGUGUGUUCCUAAAUUUUCAUAUAUCCAUUUAUUUUCUCAUCUAACUUGAUUUUGAUGACGGCGAGGAAAUUGGAGAGAAUAUUUCAGCUUGAGUCAGAAAUGAUUAUCCGAAGUCAGCGAUUGAUCUCUGAUCAUCAAACCAUGGCAGAAGGUCUGUAAGGGUUUCUUUAUAAAGUUACCGCGAAAAGUUAUGCUUAAAUGGUGACAUGACAAUUUUUUUACCUAUGGAUUGUACAUAACAAUGCUCUUUUAAACCUUCUAUUCCAUAGGGUACCAAGCAAACAGGUAAUGAGAAUACUCAAACUUAUCAGAUAGAAGUUGUUUUCUUGAUUUGACACCAGCUUCUCCUGACUAAUUAACAAGGAAAUGCAUAGCGGCUAAAGGGGACAAUUAAUAAUCAGAUUUUAGAAAUUGAAGAGUUAACUUCUUUCGGGAAACUGAAAUGUGCGACUCUAAAAAUCAUUUCAAAAUCAAAGCUUGUUAGGAUACCCGCUAAGAACAAAAUAAUUAUCAAGUCUUACUUUUCACUUACUGGUUACAUUUAUAGAGGCGGAUCUAGGGGAGGGGCGCGCCCAGGGGGUGCACACUCGCCCCCUUCAACUGAGACGACUUGCAGCUUUCCAAAGUAACUAGUUUUCCGCGAAGAAAAAAAAAACAACAAAGCAAUGUCUUUUAUUGGUGUUGAAGUAAAACAUGAGACGAGGUUGAAGAAAUUAAUGUUAAACGCCGUAAAAAUGCUAUACAUGCUCAGCAGUUCACAUAAUGUUUAACUGCUUAGGCAUGAGCCUUCUUCUUCGUUGUUUGCUUUUAAAAUUUGGUCACGUCAUCCGUCAGUUAUGUCAUUCCUUAGUGCCUGGUGCACCCCUUCCUAAGAAUAAUUCUGGAGACACCCUUAACUUAGCGUACAAUACGAGAAAUUGUAGUGACUAGAGCUGCAAAUAUGAUGAAUGUAAUCUUUCUUUAUGCAUGAGCUUUUUCAGUCUAAGCAUGAACUUGCCUUUACGCAAUAAGCUUUUGAGCCACAAGAUAAUAUGUGCAUCAUUAUAGUUCAAGGUUGUAAGAAACUUCAUUACCUGAUGAGGGAAUUUCGCGUUAAAUUGCGCGCGAAAACCGAUAUCGCACGAGUCGCAAUCGAUGAGUGCGAUAUCGGUUUAAGGCGGAAUUCACGAGUCAGGUAAUGGUUUUCCUUGAGCCGCAUAAUUGAAUAAAAAUAAGAAAAAAAAAAAAGAAAACAGCGAUGACAUUGUUAGCAUGAGAUGUGAGACAGUGUCGCUCGCAAUUCCACGCUAAAUAUCUCACUUCGUUAACCGAUCAGAAUGUAAGCUUUUAUUCAAUUAUACGAUUCUGUACAGGACUAUUUGUUUCAAGCUUUUUUUGGCGCAAUUUAGAAGCGUUCAUCAGUAAUUAAUGCUAUGGUUGUUUUUGGAUAAAUAAUGUUAUAACAAAAAGGGGAAUACAUAUGGUGAACGAUCCUCGCGGUAGAUUUC